CGCUUAGCUUUCUGCGUCAGUUGAAAUAGUGGUCCGUGUGUGCGCUAGUUAGUAACGGAAAUAAUAUAAGAGUUUGUUAUAUGUACCAGGACAGGCAUGACACGGCUGAAGAUACCUUGUAUCAUCGGGGCGCUGCUCGUAGUACAAAGCGCCGCCAUCAUCAGAGUUCCCCUUCAUAAAACGAGAAGCCUACGGCGCCUGAUGAGCGACAAUGGGCUGUCUCUGGAGGAGCUUCGGGCUUUGGCGAAGAGCACUGGAGCACCUGACAGCUCUCCCUCCCCCAACCUGCCUGUGGAGAGGCUGACCAACUUCAUGGAUGCCCAGUACUACGGGGUGAUCAGCAUCGGCACCCCUCCACAGGACUUCACUGUGCUUUUUGACACUGGCUCCUCCAACCUCUGGGUCCCCUCCAUUCACUGCUCUUUCCUCGAUUUGGCCUGCUGGUUUCAUCAUCGCUACAACUCGAAGAAGUCAAGCACAUACGUCGAGAACGGCACACAGUUUUCUAUCCAUUACGGCAGAGGCAGCUUGUCUGGCUUCAUCAGCGGCGACACGGUCUCUGUUGGAGGUUUGCCUGUUCCUGGCCAACAGUUUGGUGAAGCAGUGAAGCAGCCCAGCAUCACAUUUGCAGUGGCACGGUUCGAUGGGGUCCUGGGCAUGGCCUACCCAUCCAUAUCUGUAGCUCAUGUCACCCCAGUGUUUGACACGGCCAUGGCUGCCAAGCUGCUGCCCCAGAACAUUUUCUCUUUCUACAUAAGCAGAGACCAAAAAGCAGCGGUAGGAGGAGAGCUGAUUCUGGGUGGGACAGACACGCAGUACUACACCGGAGACGUGCACUACGUCAACGUCACACGAAAGGCCUACUGGCAGAUUGAGAUGAACGGAGUUGAAGUUGGCAACCAGCUGACUCUCUGCAAAUCCGCUUGCCAGGCAAUUGUUGACACUGGAACGUCACUGAUCGUAGGCCCUGCGGAGGAAGUCAGAGCGCUGCAACGAGCUAUCGGAGCCCUACCGCUGCUGAUGGGAGAGUACUUUAUUGACUGUAAGAAGAUCCCAUCUCUCCCGGUCAUCUCCUUCAACAUCGGAGGGAAGAUGUUGAACCUGACUGGAGAGGAUUAUGUCUGGAAG